AUGGCUUCAGCAUCGGCAGCGGCAAGACUUUGCGCUCUUGCCUGUCGCAGGGCGUCUAGAAUCCAGCAAGUUCCCCGAUCUCGGCAGAUGAUCCAACAAAGACCUCUUGCCCAGCGGACAUUCACCACAUCGACGAUAAGAUGGGCCCGAGAGGAAGAUCAGCGCCAGGACGAUGUUGAUGAGGAAGAUUUUGGACCUGUAGAAUUGAAGAAACUCGAGGCUGCGCUGGCUGAGACUUCUACACCGGAGGGGCUAAAGCAAUUGGACCAGCUGGCCAAGGCGAAUGGCUACAACUCCAUCGACCAAUACCUACAAAACAAGUUAGACUUCCACCCUGGUUGGGCAUCCGAGGAUCGAUCAACAUUGGAAGAUAUCCAGAAAGACGAUAAGGGAGAGAAGCCCAACAAGCAGUCCUUCUGGUUCGAUGAGGAGGACCCCGAGACCAACACAGAAGAGCUUGAGGAAUUUGACGAGGACGACAUCACAUCUAUGGCUCACGGCAAACUUGACGAAGUUCGAGAGAUGCGAAAGUAUGCCCGAUUGGCAGUGUGGGAAUUGCCUCUUCUUUCGAAGUACGCCAAGCCCUUUGAGCCUCCUACCGAUAAGCAGAUCCUACGAUGGCGAUACACAUCUUACAUGGGUGAAUCCCAUCCCGCCGAGAAGAAGGUCGUGGUGCAAUUCGCCCCCGAUGACCUGAAGCUGACCCCCGUCCAAACCGAAAAGCUCAAGAAGCUCGCCGGUCCUCGCUACAACCCCGAGACAGAGAUCAUCAAGAUGAGCAGCGACAGCUUUGAGCACCAAGCGCAGAACAAGCGAUAUCUCUCCAACCUUAUUGAUGACCUCAUCACUGCGGCCAAGGACCCCAAGGACACUUUUGAGGAUAUUCCCCUCGACACUCGGCAUCAUGUUGUUAAGCCCAAACCUCAAUUCCCCAAAGAGUGGCGCAUGACUCCUGAGCGUCGACAACAGCUUGAUGAGCAUCGUUCACGUCUGGCCAUUGAAGAUGUGAAGAUGGCCGAGAGCGGCCGGUUGAUCGAUGGUAUUCAGGCCAUUGACCAACACUUGUUGAAGAAGCCAACCGAGGAACAGCAGAAGGCCAAGGUUGCGGAGCUCGUUACUGCUGCGCCUGCGAAGAGUUCAAGUGGCAGCCGUGCAAGGAGAUAG